GCUAUUCAGCCCACAACAUCACCCGCAAUGACUGGGAUACUGUUGCACAAGCGGCUGCGCACACUUGAAUCGGCCGCUGACGACGAAGGCGACUUCCUUCUCGCCAUCCAGCACCAACGCGCUGCCGAGGGCUUCAGACGGCAGAUGGGCCGCGAGACGGAGUCGAUGACGAAGUGAUUACGACCAUCCAACCGGCGCAUGACAUUCCCAUUACACGUACGAUGCAGGACUCAUGGGUUUCCAAGACGGUGUGGUUCUGGGCCUGCAUCCGGUCACAACGGCUGGCUCUUUCUCUUUGAGGACCAUAUUGUCCCCAAGUUCUUCGCCAACAAAGACCUGGUUUCCGACCUAAAGCAGGCUUCGGCCUUCUGGGUGCAAGACAUCGACACCGUUGUGAAAGCCAAAGUUGAAGACGAGGAGCGGUAUCAGGCAGAACUCCGCUCCCUGUUUUCCAGCCAAGGGCACUCCACAGACUCCUCAAAGAUUCCGUUCGAGAAUAAAACAUUGCCUUAGAGGGGGCCAUCGGUGGAACAACGCUCGGACCCCCAAGUAUAAACUAACUUUCC